CCAGGGAGGGAGAGAGCGAGAGAGAGAGAGGGAGCGUGGUGAGGAAUCCCUGCAGCCCCAGGAGAGUGAGAGCCGGACCGGCUGGACCCCCGGAGGAGGACCCGAAAGAGAAUCACGUUGCCACGAGAGAGGCCUCAGAUCAGGGCUGCAGUAUGUUCACUUCAGUGAAGGCCUUCGACGGGCAGCAGUACUCCACCCUGAAGAGGCAGUGCUUGCAGAGCGGCCUGCUCUUUGAAGACCCCCGCUUCCCCGCCAUCGACGACUCGCUGCUUCACCAGGGCAACAGGAUCGGACGCGUGGUCUGGAAGAGGCCUCGGGAGCUGUGUGAGGACCCUCACCUGUUUGUGGAUGGCAUCAGUGCACACGACUUGCAUCAGGGACAGCUGGGUAACUGCUGGUUUGUAGCGGCAUGCUCCAGUCUGGCCUCCAGAGAGUCUCUAUGGCAAAAAGUCAUUCCCGACUGGAAGGAGCAGGAGUGGGAUACGGAGAAGCCAGAUUCAUAUGCCGGGAUUUUCCACUUCCGCUUCUGGCGCUUCGGUGAGUGGGUGGAUGUGGUGAUUGACGACCGGCUACCGACGGUGGACAACCAGCUGGUCUACUGCCACUCCAACGACAGCAACGAGUUCUGGAGUGCCAUGGUGGAGAAGGCCUAUGCCAAGGUUUAUGGCUGCUAUGAGGCUUUGGACGGAGGCAACACGGCCGACGCGCUGGUGGAUUUCACGGGUGGUGUUUCAGAGCCCGUGGACCUGCUGGAGGGUCAGAUGGCAACAGAUGAGGUGGCCCGAAACCAGCUGUUUGAAAGAGUUCUCAAAGUCCACAACAGAGACGGUCUCAUCAGCUGCUCCAUCAGGGCGACCACGAUCGAGGACAUGGAGGCACGGCUGGACUGUGGCCUGGUCAAAGGUCACGCCUACGCCGUGACGGACGUGCGGAAAGUGAGGCUCGGUCACGGACUGCUGGCCUUCUUCAAAUCGGAAAAGCUACAAAUGAUCCGCAUGAGGAACCCCUGGGGAGAAAAGGAGUGGAGCGGCCCCUGGAGCGACAGUUCGGAGGAGUGGAACAAGGUGAGCAAGAGUGAGAGAGAGAAGCUUGGCGUCACCGUGCAGGACGACGGCGAGUUCUGGAUGACGUUCGAUGACUUCUGCCAGUACUUCACUGACAUCAUCCUGUGCCGCCUCAUCAACACCUCCUACCUGAGCAUCCACAAAACCUGGGAGGAGGAAGUGAUGAGGGGCUCCUGGGUCCACCGCCAGGACCCCCUUCGCAACCGGUCAGGAGGCUGCAUCAAUCACAAGGCCACUUUCCUGCAGAACCCUCAGUAUGUGUUCGAUGUGAAGAAAGUGGAGGACGAGGUGCUGAUCUGCUUACAGCAGAAGGAGAAGAGAGCCACACCCAAAGAGGGCAAAGGGGAAAACCUCGCCAUAGGCUUUGAUAUUCACCGGGUGGAGCUAAAUCGUAAGUACCGUAUGCACUCAGCCCAGCAGAAAGUAGCGGGCUCCAUCUACAUCAACUCGCGCUGCGUCUUCCUCAGGAAGGAGCUGCAGGAGGGCCGUUACGUCAUAAUUCCCACAACCUUUGACCCCGGGCAGCAGGGCGACUUCCUGCUCCGCGUCUUCACUGAUGUGCCUUCAGACUGCAAAGAGCUGACUCUGGACGACCCUCCUCAGACAUGUUGGACGGGGAUGUGUGGCUACCCUCAGCUGGUCACUCAGGUCCAUGUAAUGAAUGCUGAAGGCCUGCAGGGACAGGAAUCCAACGGAGCUGUAGAUCCGUACGUGAUCAUCACCUGUGAAGGAGAGAGGGUUCGUUCACCAGUUCAUAAGGACACACGGUGCCCGAACUUUGACAUCAAAGGCCUGUUCUACCGCAAGAAACCCAAGGAGGGCAUCCACAUCGAGAUCUACAACAAGAACAUGAUCGUGGACACCUUCCUGGGUCAGGUGAUCCUGUUCAGCGACCCCAACGAGCGCCAGGAGCAGCACACGCUUCACCUCCGUGACAAGGGCAGCCGCCAGGACAACGACCUACCGGGCACGCUCACUGUGCGCCUCAUCACCGCGACCGCGCUCACCAACAUCUGAUGCGAUCGUUUUAUAGAAGUAUAAUGAUCAGCACUCAAGGCGGUGUUCAAUCGUGCCCGUCGCUCAGAUCCGCCGCUGAUCCUCCAACUGUGGCGGGAGCUCACUGUGUCUUUUUUUUCUGCCGCUUGCACUCUCUUCCUGUCUCUUAUUGUUUCCCCUAUUUUCUUUCGCUUCAGCAUUUAAAUUCAGCUUUCUUGAGAGGGUUUUUGAAAGCCUAUAACUAUAUUUCCAGAUGAAACGUAAUACCAAAUAUGUUCUCAAAGGAAGUUUAGUUGCAGGUUUUGUAGCCUGAAUCUCCAUCAACACCUGAGCUACAAUUUAACUGUCUUUUAAGAACCUUCUAAUAUAAAUCGCUUUAUCGGUCUGACCCCAAUCUACACAAUUCUUAUUUUCUUCCUGCAUAUUGUUAAAUUCAAACACAUACACACACUCGUACAUGCACACACAGUACACAUGCAGACAUGUCUGCACUCUCCAUGCAUGUGCCAAUGUUUCCAAAGGGCUAUGCAUUGCCUUAAGGUUGAGUCUGCCUCUCCACCUUGAGGAGGGAUAAUGUUAAAUACUCUUCUGCAUCAGCUGUCCUCAGUGUUAACACAGCCUCCAUUUGUCUCCUCGCUUGUUUCUCGUAGUUUUGAUUUAUAUUUCCGGUAUAUUAGCAUAACGUAUACUCUUUUAUAUCCGCGGAUAAUUGUCCCACCCAGUCGUCCCACCCAGACACCUCAAGUCUUCACCAGUAUGCCGGAGCUUUUGAGAGCAUGCAGCACUGUCUGUCACUUUGUAUUGUGGACUUUACAAAGGAAAGCCAGCAGCAGCUACUCUCUCCCUCUUUACUGAGAGCUUUUCUGUGUUGUUCUGUGAGCGCGCUCAUGUGUGAAAUCUUGCCUCCCGUCUUCCAUCUUUAAAAAACAUGUCAAACUCCCCGAGACGCUUUCUGCCGGCUGCUAUGGACGAUCUCAAAACUGCAUGGCUUAAAAAAAAAAAAAAAAAAAAACUAGACUCUUUGCCUGUGCUCUCUGGUCUCUCCGGUCGUAGCUUAGCAGCCGGUGCUUUUGAUAGUGCUACCCUUCCCUCUUUGAUCAUCCCCCCUCCCCUCAUGUGUACAUCUUCUCAAUCCAGCGGAGUGCUAAGAUUCACCCUGACAUAAUCAAGUGCUUUAUGGGACCAAAGAUGAGCCUCCGCUCUCUUAGUCCCUUUCGGACCGCCCUGGCCUGGCCUGGCCUGGCCCAAGCCUAGCUACAAACCACCACCCCCUGUGCCACAUCAUCUCUUAACGGCAACACCACUGCCUGACGCUUCCUCUGACUUGAGUCUUUUGGCCCGGGCCAAAGACUUAAGUCACGUGACCCCAAGAGACAGCAGCCGUGCUCCUGCUGUUGGCACAGAACAGGCGUGUGUGUGUGUGUGUGUGUGUGUGUGUGUGUGUGUGUGUGUGUGUGCGUGUGUGCGUGUGAGCGUGUUUGUGUGUUGCAGAGCAAGUAUCCACGAGUGCUUGAGGGUGAAUGAAUGUAUAUCUCUUAAUCCACGUUGUAUCUGGAAGAAGACAAUUUCUGUGGAUGUGGAAAGGUGUGAACUGAAAGGAAAAGAGCCCUUUAGCGAAACACACACCUUGCACUUUAUUUGAUUUUUAAGGGUGUAAAAAAAGACCUUUAUUAAUGGAAGAAAGAGGAGGGCGAGCUGAGAAGGCGUCCUGCCAAACAACCCGUGCCAUCGCCUUGAUCCUGACUUUGCCUCCACAGCAGAAAAACAACAUGGGAUGAACUGUUUCGUGAUUUCAGAAGGAUGUCAGAUGGCUUUGGCAUAUUGAACCAACACUGGUACAAUUUCAUCUAUCUAUGAUGAACUAUGAUCAUGUGACCAUUCAAUUUGACCUUUUGGCACGUGGGCUUUUUGUGACAGAAGCCCAGACAGAAAAUCAUAACGUGUGUUUGUUUUUUUUCUUCUUCUUUGCUGAAAGUGCGAUAUCAUUGCAGAGACUUUUAAUUCCACAUUUUAUUGACUUCUGUUACGUCUUAGUCUUUUUUUUCCAGAAUAGGAAUUAAAAAUGUAUGUUACAGUCAUUAUCGAGACAUUUCCUUUUGAAUGUAAGACAAACAGUUAGUGGACUAAUCUCUCAGUCGAACUAUCAAGUCCGUUUUCCUGAUUUUCUUUCAGCGCCUUUUUCCAUUACUUGAACUGUUACACAUGGCAUUUAAUUGAUCACACACCUUUGUGUACAGCAUCUUUAUAAAUGUGUCUUGCAUGGGUUAUUUAUUUCCAAUAUGUUCAUGGCCUUGUAUUGUACUGUUUAAUUGUUACUAUAUAUAUUUAUUCUUUCUAUCUCAAAAAGUCUUGGAAAUGCUAGUUUUGAGCAGUCAGCAUGUCUUACACUGAUGCACCUCAUGUCAGUCUGAUCAUAUCAACACGUUUGAAACAAUUAUGUCUUGUAAUACAGCGAUGCAUUCAUAAUGCCUCUAGCAUCUGUGAACAUUAGCAGCAGUUAUUGACUUCUAUUUAGGUGCUAUUUAUCUUCUCUGUGCUCGUUUAUAUUGUUUGGGACAGAACAUGAGUGUUAGGUAACGUAACAAGACUGAAUUUGGAACAUUUUAGCUUGCAGACAGACUUUGUCAGAAACUGUGGUGCCACGCAGUGUGAGGUUAGACAUGUGAGCCUGUGCCUGGAAAGUUUCGGGUUUUUAUUUACACACCAGGUGGGAAAAGAAAGAAUCCCUUCUUCCUCCCUCGCUGAGUGUCCUUGUGCAAGGCACUGGCCUCCUAAAUGCACCAGUGGAGCCUCGUAAUGGCCGGCUAUUCUGCAGCUUCCAGGUGUGGCUGUACGUAUUUGUGUGAAUAUGUUCAAAAUCAUACUGUGAAUAUGUUCAGCUUCAAACGAGGGCGUUCUGAAGGGUUAUUGUGAGAGAUUGUUGGUGCCAAAUGUGUAGGUUGCUGCUUGGAUUUGGUGAAACUGACACUUCAUAGACCUGGUGGUGAAACUUGCUUCUUUUUCGUGCCUCUCAUGUUUACAGUUACAAUCGAGUCACCGAGCUAAGCGCCCUGAUUUUUAACAAAAGUAAUAUUCGUCAAUCUUUGAAAAAGUUGCUCUGAAAGAAUUUCCACAAUCCUCAAAGACUUGUUUUUUUCAAACUGGAUUAAAACAAAUUUGCAAAAAAUGCAAACAAGAAUCAGAUGCUCGUAUCAGAAGUUUCCUCUGGCGACCAGACUAACGACGUAGAAAUUGCUUCACCAGUUGCUUCCUAAUCCAAACAAAGACACAUGUUCUUGCUAAAUUUUUUACAAUGUGACCAAACUUAAAAGUUAUGUAAUUAAUGCGCAAUAUGUUAUGUCCAGCUCCUUGAAUAGGCAAUAGAGUAACAACUGUGAAAACAGAUCAAACAUUUUUUAUAUUAUUCAGUGGAUCUAAUAUGUUCUCAUCCACAUGGUGAGAAGAGUCUUGAAGGAUUCUGUACAUUAGUUUUGUUUAAAGAACUUCUUGAUUUUUACAUUUCUUGUAAUUCUUGACGUUUAGAAAAACGUAUGUUCAGCUCUCUGUAAAAGUAAGACAGUAGAGGCACACAUUUGGGCUCGGUGACACUGGCGUCACUUAAAGACUAACAGACACACAUGAAAACCCUGAUAUGGCGAAAAUUUCAUGCAACUUUCCCCACAUCACAAUUUGCAUUCUGUUUUGCCGAUUGGACUUUUAUAUUCCAGAGUUUAUCUUUAUCUGAUGCCAGUAUUUUACAUUAACAGGUUUUCAGCAGCAACCACUUGUUAUUUUGUCACUCCCUAUUUAAAUUGUUUUUUACAUAUGUGACACAGAAAUAUAACAUCCACCAUCCAACCUGACAGCUUUGAUAUAUUGGAGUAUUUGGGGCUUCAGAGUCACUGUGUCACUCGCAAUCCUACAGUAUAUUUAAGAGCAAGGAGCCAAAAUAGCAGUGUGUCAAGCUCAAUGUGAAACCAUGUCAAACUCAUGUGCCACAGCAGUGCCAAAAAGACAAACAGUACUAAACAAGGGAUGCUUUUGUAAAGACAUUUGGUAUGUGACUGUUGGACAAAUGUAUGACGGGUGAAGUCAUCCUUUUGAAUUUCUUUUUUGUCUCCACUAUGUCCUCUUCUGCUUCUGUCUUUGUCAUGAAGUGAUUCUCAUUGCGUUGCUAUUCUUACUCACACUGUAAUCGUUGCAGAUCGUGAUUCUUUGCCAAAAGUGUUAAGGCUUUCACUGUUAACCACACACACACACACACACACACACACACACACACACACACACACACACAUACACGUAUACACGUGUACUGAAUACACUCCAGCUUCUAGACUAACCAGCCUUGGUUGGAGUGUACGGACCUUGACUGAUUUUUUUGACAUUUGCUAUAAUGCUUAUCGGUUUUCUGUACAUACUUUCCGCACGGCCACGCCAAAGCCGGUUUUAAGAACACCAAACCCUUCGAAUGAACUGCGUCUGACUUUUGUACGAAUCCAAAAAAAUGCCAGUGCAUGUAGCAAAACCGCUUCAAAUCUGCUCGCAGCAUUACGAAUCACAGAAUAUAUAUAUAUAAAUAUACAUAUAUAUAUAUUUAUUUUCUCUGAGUGAUGUAAAACCUAAUCUGCUGUUGCUACUUUGAUAAACAUACUGUGUGAAGUAGAAGGCUUUUGUUGCACACUUGCAUGCAUUACAACAGUAUCCAGUUUUCUAAUAUUUUGUAUUCAGUAACCUGCAGAAUACAGUAUGUAUAUAAAAGUAGCAGCAACUUGACUUAUCAGUUGUUAUCAUGGGAUCCAUGUUUUGAUGGAUGUUGUACAGAAUAUUCUAGAAAUGUAUUUGAAAAGAGGAAGAUGAUGACCUCUAGUGAUCAGCAGGAAUACGAAGAGGAAUCAAAUACAUUAUUUACCUUAUUCCAAGCCCCAUAAUACAUUGCAUGAAUUAUGGCGACAAGUUAGCCGUAUGCUAAAGCUGUCUUCCUUUUUCUCAGAGAAAUUAUGGAGAAAUAUAUGAUGUGGGAAUGCAGCCUGUCACACCCACCAAAGGACAUUUUGGGAAAUAUGCUACUUCAAUCUAUAGGAAAACUGACUUUUUCAGAUAUCCUACUACACCCCAACCCUAUAGCGCGUCCACUACACGCUGCAAUCUACUACGAAUGUCUGGAACGCGCUCAACAAGCGGAGAGUACAAACACAGCUUCUACACGUCCAUGGUGUCCGCAAAUGCUACUGAGCGAUGGGAGACAAACAGAAGUGGUGGCCCCGGAUAGCAGUAACAAACUACGUUAGCUUAGCUUUAUCAUUGGGACAAACUUGAAGUCAUUGACGGUCAAGAAGGAGCAUAAAACGUACGACUAGGUGAUUACGUUGGACAACACACUGAAUGAGUGGACUGGAGUUAAUGGGGGCAGACAAACAUGCCAAUCCUCAAAGAAUGCCAGUUUUCAUGUGUUCUUGUACCAAAGCAUACAUGGGCGCCAACCAGCAGCUUGCACAGUAUAUAAGCAUUGCAAUUUGGGCUGUAAAGAUCUAAAAAGGAAGUAAUUUGAGGUAAAGAACUAAGCUGACUUCAGAUAAAGCUGUUUAUUUAGCUGUAUGUCUCCCUCGGGUGACGCCAUUGCUCAACCGAUGUCAGUCGCAAAUAUGAAAUAUCUUUAUGAGAACGACUGAAUCUGAAGAAUUUAAGAUUAGAAUCUUUACAUAUCGCACAUUAUAUGAUUUCAUGAUCCAAUUUGAGUGGAUUCGCAUCACGGGGUGGAUACACAGAUUAUUAUUUACUUUCUUUACCUUUGUAAGAUUGGGGUUUUUGGUUUUGGCGGAUGUCUGCGCUCUUUAAGGUGUGACCGGUUGUGUUACCACAUGAUGUACUUCCGAAAAACACUUCUGAGAGAAGGGAAUA